AUGCCUGGGUCCAACGUGCCCCGGCGGCCAGCUGAGAUUGCCAACCUUGCCACUCAGCGCGGCCGGCCUCUCCGCCCGGAGGCGGCGGCGGCGACGGCAGUAGCAGCAGCAGCAGCAGCAGCAGCGACAAUCCUCGAUGGCCAGACUGGGGGCCCCCUCCCGGUGAAUGCCCCAGCUACGGCCGCCACAGCCACCACUACCACCACCACCACCGCCCCUGCCAACACUCCCCUUGGCUGGGCAGAUCAGCCGCUGGCCGGCUCGACCUCUUGUGAGUCGGUUCUCCCCCGGCGGCCAUAUCUUCCCCCCGGUCGGCCCCCUCACCAGCAUAGGCAUUCCCAGCAGUCCGAAUCGUCUCCCCCUGCUCAGCAGCCCCGGCUCAGUCCGUCGACCAUUGCCUCGGACCUUUUCCCCUUUUCCUUGCCGGAGUCGGCCGAGCGGUCCGCCUGUCGGCGGGUGACCGUCGACACUCGGCCUAGCCUACAGACCGAUGCCCAGAUCAGCGCACUCAUUGAAGCCAGCUGGCCGACAUCCACCCUUGGCCCAGCCCCCGAGCGGGGGGACGAUCUGUAUGUUGUUGCUGCCACUCGGUCCUCGCUGCUGUUGCAUUGCUCCGGCAUCCGCGGCGGGGCGCAGGGCUACUCCGUAGCGCCGGGCGACGUGGACGCAGUCAGCCCGGCUGCCCUGGCGCAGCCUUUCCUGAUUCGCCUCUUCCCUGUGUCGGCCGACACUCCGCACCAGCUGGCCCUCGCGCAACUGGAGCACGAGUCCUCCAUCCUCUCUUAUACCUCCGAGCGCGACAUCCACCCGCCAGUGCUCGGCAUUCUCCGCGAUCCCGUGUCGCCUGCGUUACUUUUCGCCGUGCCGCCGGCCACCUCUCGGUGGCAGUCUUUGACGUCGGUCAUUCGCAAGCAUCGGCUCCUCACCUCGCAGUUUCUCUCCCUCUCGGUGGCCAUCACAACCUGCAUCGUGGCCCUGCACCUGGAGCGGAUCACACAUCUCUCCCUCUGUCCCGACAACAUUCUGGUGGCCUGCAACGAUGGAACCCCGGUGGUCCGGCUCAUUGGCUUCGAGAAUGCCUCCUUCAUCACAAAGUCCGGGAACAUCAUCCCCACGGCCUGGCGCACGGCCGAGCAUGCCCUGCCGUACAUCGCCCCGGAGCAGGUGCUCCGCCUCGGGGCGCCAGUCAACUUCCAGGCCGAUCUCUUUGCCCUGGGGCUGGUCUUUUUCAACAUGCUGAGCGGUUGCUUGGCCUUCGUCCCGCCCCGGCUGCCGGCCUCCCUGUCCGAGGCAUCCGUCUGUCUCCUGUGGAUCAAGCUCCGCAUGGACCAGUCCCCCUGUCCCAUCCUCAGCCUGAGCCCGCUCGUGCCACCGACGCUGGCUGCCAUCGUGGAGACCCUGUCUCGUUGGCAUCCCACCAAUCGGUAUCUCUCAUCAAUGGGUCUACUGGCGGAUCUGUUCACCGCCCAGUGCAUGGUCAAGAAGGAUGGCUACGUGCAUGAUAUGCAGCUUCGCCAAAGUGACUUCCCCCAGCAUCUGAUCCUUCCCUCGCCGCUGCUUGGCUGGGCCACGCUCGAGCCGAUCCUGGCCUCGGUCUUCCUCCGGUCGGAGGAGACUCCUCGGCCUGCGGAAUGCCGGUCGGUCCUGAUCCACGGCCCGCCCGGGUCCGGCAAGUCCUCGAUCUUGCGGGAGCUCACCCGACGCUACACGCCCACGUCCUACCUGCGCGCGGUUAGCCUGUGCACGGACACCGGCGGGCAGCCCUUUGGCCCGCUGCUCAGCGCCAUCAAUGGCAUCCUCUCGGAGUUCCUCCACCGUCCGACGGAGGAGCUGUCCCAGCUCAGCCUGCGCCUAUCGCUGAUGUUGUCCUCCGAUGUGCAAUUCCUCAGCCGGCAUAUUCCCAUGCUGGAUCGGAUCUUGCAAAUUGGCAACGCCCUGUCCGGCGACCGGGACUCUGGCAGUCGGCCGGGCACCCCGGGGCCGGCUCCCCCGACGUCUGGCUCGCCCGCGGCCCCGGACUCCGGGCCUCCCAGGCCCGGGGGGCCAGCCUCCCCUUCCAAACCCCCGGGCAUGGGCGACGAGCCGGUCGACUUCACGCCCGAGGCCCUGUCCACCCAGUCGCACGUGGUGUGCCAGUGUCCGGAGUUUCUCUUCGCCGCGCCGGAGUACUCCAUCCCCUGCACGACGACACACUGCUCGCUGAUGUUCAUGAAGCGCAGUGACCAGGGGAAGGCCUGCUGCGAUGGGAAGACGUGUCCCUUCUGCACGCUGACGCUGGCCGACAUGGCCAUCCUGCCGAAUGGUGCUGCCUGCCCUGCGCUGACCGGGACACCGCCGCUUCUGGCCGGUGUGUCCACGUCCAGUCCCUUCUCCCAUUUGCUGUCCGCCGCCUCGCAAUCACCGAUUGCCUUUGGCCGGUGUUUGUCGCGACUCCUGCGAGCCAUCGUCACAGCCGAGCUGCCGGUGGUCAUCGCCUUUGAUGACUUCCAUCUGGCCGACACCGCAACCCGGUGCUUUGUUCAUUCCUCCGUUCGCAUGCAGCUCUUCAACUGGGUGACCUUCAUCGUGACCGCCUCCUCUUCUGAAGCCAACAACCCCGUGUGGCUGGACCCUGCCAAGGAGGCCGCCAGUCUUGGCACUGGCGCCGCGGCUGAUGUUCAUCCAGGCGCCAACCUGCCGCCACUUGUCCUGCAGAUCGCCACUCAGCCCAUUUCGCAGGCGGCAUUGUCGGCGCAUCUGUCGAGCGUCAUGAGAUUCGAUCCUGCCGAUGCUGAGUAUCUGGCCGAACGGCUUCUUGUCCAAAGCUCCAACAACCAUCGGCUGCUACAGCUGCAGCUCCGAUGCCUGUGGUCCUGUGGUGUCAUCAAGCCCGACAUGGCCACCAAAGCCUGGCACCUGAACCGCGAGCAGCUUGCAUCGUGCCCCCUCUUUGCGAAGCUCCAUAAUACUGAACCCGGGUCAGGUGCCCCCUCUCCGGCUCCAGUGCCGCCGGAAGCCGGCUCUACUCCGACCCCGGCCCCGGCCCCGGCCCCGGCCCCGGCCCCGGCCCCAGCCCCGGCCCCGGGCACGGCUCCAUCCCAGGAGGACGAGCGAUACACCACCGCCAUCGUGUCCUUACUGCGACUGAUGCCAAAGCCAACCGUGGAGUUGCUCUACAUGUGUUCCUUCCUCAGUGUUCCCUUCCACCUGGGACAAGUGAGCGUCCUGACGGGGCUUUCUUCCAUGUGCCACCUGGACAUUUUGCAGCCGGCCAUCGAUGUGGGGUUGAUUUUCGCCGAGCGACCGACCCUCCAAGCGCGCACCAGCCCCGGGGUGCUGCACUCGACCAGCAGCGGCUGGCGACUGGCCCCGGGAGUGCUGGCCGCCGCGCCGCUGGUUCUGGACCGGCGAGCGCGUUACAUCAUCAACCAUCGCCUGGUGUUGCGCUUUGCCCUGAACCGCCAGGCACCAGCGGUCGUGCCGCAGGUCCUGCGCAUUUUGGCUCUGGCUCGGACGCCGCAGGUGGCCUGCCCAUUGGUGGCCAUGCAGCUGGCGCACAUCCUGCACCAAUACGCUGGCGAGGCCAUCGGCCGGAUGGAUCUCCAACUGGCGGGCAGCCUGCUACGGUGUGGGCUUGGGCUGCUUCCUUCGGCCCCGACCCAACGCUGGGGCCCGCACUUCUACCGGGUGUCGUAUAACAUCCACCUGGAUGCGGCGAAUCUCUUCUCGCAGAUGUCCCUCACGGACGAGGCCCUGCACCUGCAGCAGACGCUCCGCGAGCAUGUGCGCUCAGACCUGGACCGAAUCGCCGUUGUUUCUUCCCAAGCCUUCCUGCUCGGGCGCCUUGAUCGUGUGGACGAGAUCCUGGAGGUUUGCUCAUCGACCCUGCUGCAGUGUGGCAUUCCGCAGCAGUUCUUGCUGCGCGGCGCGGCCAUCGAAUCGCCGGACACCCUGUUCCAGCUGAUGCGUGUUCGAGCCCUGCAUGUUGAUCGGCUGAUCGGGUUUGUCGGCGGGCCCCAGUCGCUUCUGCAUCUCCCCCGAAUGACCAGCCCCUACCAUCUGCUGCUGAUGGAGGUGCUCUUCCAUCUAUACCUCUCCCUCUUCAGCUCCAACAUGUCGUAUCUGCUGAAGUUGACUGUCUUGAAGAUGGUCGAAACAAGCAUCGUCUUCGGGAAUUGCGAGUUCUCCGCCUUCGGCUACGUCCUCUUCGGCAUCCGGCUGACGACCUUCAAGUCCCGGACGUGUCCCUUCGAGUUGGGCCGGUCCGCGGUUGUCCUGGCCAAUCAGUUCGACAACUCGCUGGUUAGCUCGCGCACCUUCAUGACUUUUGGUUCGUGUAUCAGUUGGCGUCGCGGGUCGCCGCACAUGGGCAUCUACUACUUGGGCCUGGCGGCGGAGAUGGCGCGCGAUCACGAGGACGUGCCCUUCCUCUUUGGCGCAAUGACCUUCCUCAUAUGCGACUCGGUACUGCUCGGGCGCUCGUUGUCCGAGGUGUUGGACCUGAUUUUCCGCAUGGAUGACAUGAUCCUCCUCCUGCCCCGUGCCAGUCAGCGCGUUUUCAUCGAGUACUUCGAGUUCCUCCACACGCUGACCGGGUCCACCACGGCGGUGGACUAUUUGCCGGUUUUCUUCGAUUCCUUCUUUUCCAGCCCAGGCGGCGACUCGGAGGAUGAUGCCGAUUGGGGCAGCAAUCCCAGUCGCCCGGGGUCCUCAGAUGGUAUCAGCAGUGUGCCUGGCGGCCCGACCGAAGCCGUUGCCUGGGAGCUGUCUUUCAAAUCGAUGGCGGCCUCCGAGGCCGGGACCACAGCCGCCGCCGGUCGGGCAAGCCCGGCUCGCUCUCCCCGGCCGAGUGUCCGGCUCCCUUCUUCCGAUCCAGCCAGUCCCACCGGCAGUCUGCCCGAUGAUCCGGCCGGCUCGGUGGUCCCUGCAGCAUACUCUCCCCAGUGGCAGGCCAUCUACAACAUGUUCCUGGUUCAGCCGCUGCCCGUGUCAACGGAGUUGCCGGUGUCAAAGCUGUCGGCAUCGGCCGAUUCCUGCACGGCUCCCUUCGAAGGCCUGACGCUGGGUGUGGGGCUGGUGCCUCCCUCGGCUCCUGGCCCCGGUCCCAGCCCCGGCCCCUCGGCGGGUCCCGUCCCGGGAUCGGCCUCGGCCUCGGCCUCGGCCUCGAUCUCCUCCGGCUUUGGGUCGGUCUCUCCGCCCGGGUCGUCGUCCUCCGGGUCCCCUUCGCCGCCGGGGUCGUCGUCCGGCUUCUGGGGCACCGGGUUGGACCACCUCGCCGGUAGCAACCCCAGCCUGACCAAUACCAUUGACGAUUUGUCCAGGCAGGCUACCCUCCCCUCGGCCCUGCGCACCUCGGACUUGGUUAUGACGCGGCUCUUCCUGUGUCUGGUGGCGGCGCUGCUGUUCGACGAUUACCGCCACUGGCGCCGGCACAUGGAUUCCCUGCGGUCGGUGAUCAUCUUCCGGUCGAUGACCCUGUCCGGGACGUGCGUCUGUGUCUUCGCGGCGCAGUACAUGGUGGAGAUCGUCGAGCGGGGCCUGGUCGCGGCCGGCUCGGAGGAGGCGCGCCUCUUCCAGGCCAACAUCGCUUGGUAUACGGAGGUCAUCCGGACCCUCUCCCUGACUAAUGGCUACUUUUUGUCCCUCUACCUCAUGGUGGAGGCCGAGGGCUUGCGCCUUUCCGGGCAGUGCCCUCUGGACACGUACAUCAAGGCUCUCGCCCACGCACGAGACAUCAACCCCUUCUUCGCGGGCUUGGUGUGUCAACGCGUGUGCUCGCUGCUGGCCCGGCAGGAACAGAUCAACACCCCGCUCCUAUCGCAGGCCAUCCUGAGCUGCAUCCAGUACUACUCCAACUGGGGUGCCGUCGGGUGUGCCCGACAUGUGCGGGCCCAGUACGAGUCCUUCAUCCCGGAGUCCGACUCGGUUCUCUUUGGCGACUCUUCGCUGGGUGGCUCGGGGCUGGCCGGGCCGUCACCGCAUCACCCCGCGGCUGCCACCAACAACCCCUUUGGCAGCUUUGGCCAGCUCUCCCCGCGGUCACCGCCGCCGGGUGGGAGCGUCGUGCCGCCGGGCAGCCCGCCGUCCGGCCUGCGGAGUGGCUCCUUCAGGCGCCGGUGCCGGCGCCUCCUCCCGCCGAAUCAUCCUCGGCGGCAGUUUUCCUUCUACUCGCCGCACCAUUGGCCGCUCCUGGCGCCGGAGAACAGUGGCAGUCUCUUCGUCCGGCCGGUGCACUUGGCCCAGCCCGGCGAUCAACUGGCCGACUCGCCGGACUUUGCUCUCAGUCGUCCAUCGGUCAACUUCCCGGUGCCGGCCGCGGGCCUGGGAGAUCACCAAGCCUGGCGGGUGGCCCGGCCGCGCAGCCGCCCGCAGGACUUCCCCCGGCAGCCAUCGCCGCCUCUUCCCGCGGAUGGGCGUCUGGGCAUCCAAGACAUGAUGUCCACCUUCAGUGCACAAACGGCCGCCGCGGCCAGUGCCAUGACCACGCACGAGGGGGUCCCCCCCUUGACGGCUGCCGUUGCUGCCAUGGCCCUUGCUGGCACCCCUGGCAAUGGGAGCCCCAUGCUGUCGGGAAUUUGCCCACCCGCCUCCGGGGGGGGGGCCUCCUCGCCGCUGGACUCGCCGCCUACUUACCCGGAGGAUGACAUGGCCCUUCGGUCCUUCCGCACGGUGCGCCCCUUGCUGCCAGAGGGGCUGGCAUCGUUUGACCGGGUGCCGGGCUCGCCAGUGGCGCCGGCCGCCCCGGCCCCAACGGCCGCGUCCAUUGUCCCGCCAAUCUCGCCGAUUCCCCCUCCCAUGGGGCCGACGUCGGACGCCUCGCCCCCGCCCGAGGCCUUUUCGGCGGAGGACUUCUCCCUGGCGCACCUCCUGGAGGUGGACCCGGGGAUCAGCCUGCUGUUGGAUUCGGCGGUUUGCGGAUUGGUGGGAAACCCCAUUGCCGAGGUGGCCGAGUUGCUCUUCUAUGACCCGAAUGUCCAGCGUUUUUCCUUCCCCUCACAGCGCCACGCCCAGGCCGGCCCCAGCAGUGGCCUGGGUUCCAAGCUCCUCCAUCCGGACGCGGCCCCCACCGCGGCCCUUUCUGCCGUGGCCGGGGAUGCCUCCACCACACCGCCGGCUCCGGAGCACCGCAGCCGCCCGGCCAUUCACCUGUCAGACACUUCGCCCUACACCACGCCCUCCCCCUCGCCGCCUCGGCCGGAGUUGGUGUUCCCCCGGAUGCCGGCCCCUCCGCGAGCGCAGGUGCCUCUUGCUUCGCCGCCUUCGCCGCUGAGGCCGCCUCCCCCGGCGCCACCCUUGCCACCUCCCUCGGGCGGCCGGGACAUCCUCCAGGACCCUGGGAUCAAUCGCAGCGAGGCAGCCUCCAGCCCGGUCGGCGGGGGGGGCGCCUCAUUGCUUGGUGCUCGGCGGGCAUCUCUCUCGGAUGGCAUGGUGUCGUUGCUUCCGCUGCACCGGGUGGCGUCGGCCCCCUCCUCGCUAGCGGCGGCGGCUGCCGCCUCGGCGAAGAUCGACCAGCCCACGCCCGCGGCCUUCGACACCGGGGUGCCCCUGUCGGCCACGGCCAGUCCAUCGCUCCCCGGGGGCAUGUCCCGGGAGGCUGACUUCUCGACGGUGGCGGCCUGUGAGCCAGGUGCCCCGGUUGGUGGGAUCUCGGCCCCGGCCAUGCUCCAGCCGCUGGACAUGUCCCUGCACUUUCAAACCGCCAUGAGCUUCGCCGAGGAGCAGGACUCCGGCCGACUGCUGACCCUGCUGAUGGAUGCCCUCCUGGCCCAGACCCAUGCGCAGAAGGGGGUUGUCCUGUUGGAGCGUGGUGCCCAGCUUCUGGUGGAGCUCCUGGUCACCCAGGGCCCCGGGGUGUCGCGGACGUAUGAUCGCCCACGCUUGGCGGACUUUCGCCGGGUGGCCGCCAGCUCGGUGGUCAACUACGUGCGCUGCACCCAGGAGAGCAUUUGGUUCUCGGACAUCCUGGCCGAGAGUCCGCUGGCCAUGGACCGGUAUGUCCAGCGUCACCAGGUGUCCUCGGUCAUUUGUGUGCCGCUGCUGGCUUCCCGGCGGCUGCUGGGGCUCGUGUAUCUGGAGCUCAAUCACCCGGGGAUGGCCUUCCGGGCCGAGCACUUCCGCUUGGCGUCCUUCCUGUGUGGCCACGCGGCGGUGGCCAUCCGCAAUGCCCUCUCGCUGUCCGAGUUGCAGGAGCGUGUCCAGCGCCAGGCCCGGCAGCUGGAGGAGAAGGACCGCGAAAUUGAGGCCCUUCGCUCGCGGCUGCAGGACGGCGCGGUGGAACGCACCCGCCUGGAGGAGGAACUCCAAUCGGCCAAGUCCCAUGCGCUGCAGAAUUCCCUCUUCAAGACCCGGUAUUUGGCCAACAUCAGCCACGACAUCCGGACCCCCAUGAAUGCGGUGCUCGGUUUGGCGCAGCUUUUGGAGUCCCUGGACUUGAAUCCCGUGCAAAAGAGCUACGUCGACAUGAUCCAACUGCAGGCCUCCUCGCUGCUGGGCCUGAUCAAUGACAUCCUGGAUCACAGUCGCAUCGAGGCGGGUCUGGUCCAGCUGAACCGGGUGCGCUUCCGGGUGAGCGACCUCCUGAACCAUGUGGCCACAUUGCUGCGGGUGCAUGCCGACCAGGGUGGCAAUACCAUCCUGGUGUCCAUCGGUGCGGAUGUGCCGCCGGUCAUCCUGGAAGAUCUCCCCUGUCUGCGGCAGGUCCUGGUCAACCUCGGGAGCAAUGCCAACAAAUUCACCAAGGCCGGCACCAUCACCCUCGGGGUGGCCGUGCACUCGGCCACGCCCAGCGGUCUGGAGCUGCUAUUCAGUGUCCGGGAUACCGGGUGCGGCAUUCCGGAGUCCUGUUUGACCAGCAUCUUUGCCCCCUUCACGCAGGUCCGCCAAAGUGACUACACCCCGGCCGAAGCGGCGGCCAUGGAAUCGGCCACCGGCGAUGGCGGCGCCGGGGCCGAUGUCGCCGGUGUCGCUGCCCAUGACACCGGGGCGGGGGCUCCUGUGGAUGCCGGCCCCGAGGGGGCGGGAGCCCCGGCCAGCCAGGCCUCGCUGAUCCCGGCCCCGCUGGUCGACCCGUCGGACAUCACCUACAGCCACGCUGGCACGGGGCUUGGGCUGAGCAUUUGCGAGAGCUCGGUCAAGCUGAUGGGCGGCCGGAUUUGGGUCGAGUCGACCCUGCGCCACGGGUCGGUCUUCUACUUCAUCAUCCCGACACAGCGCCUGACGGCCGAGGAGUAUGAGCUCUCGUCGCUGAUUGAUCCGGCGUCCCCGCUGCCGACACAGCACUUCGACCGGACGGAGUCCCUGUCGGACUUGAUCUUCGAUGGAGGGGUCCGGCCGUCUCUCGGCGGCGAGGGGCCCAUCGGCCAGGCUGGCCCGGAUGCGGUGGUCAUUCCUGCCAGCAGCGAGUCGGUGUCAGCCAGUGAGUCCCCCCCGGCGGCGCUGGUGUCCGAUGCCUGCCAAGGGUGCGACGACUCGCCGGUGCCGGCCGUUGCCAGUGUCGUCGCCACCGCCAUUGCGGGCUCCGGCACAGGGCCCGGUGUGGCCGCUGCGGCGACCGGCGCCAGCUCCUCGGUGCCCGCCUCGCCCGGGUCCCUGUCGAUCUUGGUGGUGGAGGACAAUCCGGUCAACUCGCUGGUCAUUCGGAAGAUGCUCGGCCUGCUGGGGUUCCAUGAUGUGACCUCGGCCGCCAAUGGCAAGGCAGCGCUGGAUGUCCUGGCGCAGCGAUCCUUCAGCCUGAUCCUGAUGGAUGUCCAGAUGCCGGUGAUGAAUGGGCUGGACGCGACGCGCAUGAUCCGGGCGCCGGAAUCCAAGCUCAUGGCUCCGGAGCGCCGGCCGACCAUCAUUGCCCUGACCGCGUCGGCGAUGCCCAGCGAAAAGGAGCAGUGCUUCGCCGCCGGCAUGGACGACUUCCUCAGCAAGCCCAUCCGCAUCACUGACGUCCAGAAUGUCAUCCAACAUUGGUUCCCAGACCUGAUUCCCCCCCCUCAGCCGGCUUCUUCCUUGUCUCAGGGCGACAAGCCGGCUGCCUGA